AUUCUAGUUGUAGUUGGAGGUCAGGCUCCUAAGGCAAUUCGUAGUGUUGAGUGUUAUGACUUUAAAGAGGAGAGAUGGUACCCUGUAUCAGAGUUACCAACUCGUCGAUGCCGUGCAGGAGUCUCUGUAUUGAAUGGUUGUGUCUAUGCCGUUGGAGGUUUUAAUGGCUCCUUGCGAGUACGAACAGUAGAUGUGUAUGAUCCACUUAGAGAUCAGUGGGCUCAAGCACCAAGUAUGGAAGCCCGUCGCAGCACGCUUGGAGUGUCAGUCCUGAACAAUAUGAUUUUUGCAGUGGGUGGCUUUGAUGGUUCAAUUGGGUUAAACAGUGCAGAAUGCUAUGAUUUGAGAACAGGAGAGUGGAGGAUGGUAGCACCAAUGAGCACCAGGAGAAGUAGUGUUGGAGUUGGUGUCUUAAAUGGUUUGCUUUAUGCAGUGGGUGGUUAUGAUGGGGCAUCUCGACAGUGCCUAAGUUCGGUGGAAUGUUACAACCCGGAAACAGAUACCUGGUCCUUGGUGGCAGAAAUGUCUGCUCGGCGAAGCGGAGCUGGAGUUGGUGUGCUUGAUGGACUUCUGUAUGCAGUAGGAGGACAUGAUGGUCCCCUGGUGAGAAAGAGUGUUGAAUGUUUCAGUCCAGAAACGAAUUGUUGGGUACCUGUUGCUGACAUGAUGAUGUGUAGAAGAAAUGCUGGGGUAAUAGCCAUGGACGGCCUCCUGUACGUAGUCGGGGGAGACGAUGGUUCUUCUAAUCUUGCUUCUGUUGAGUUCUACAACCCGAAGCUAGAUUCCUGGUCGAUGCUCCCUGCCUUCAUGACAAUAGGACGCAGCUAUGCUGGAGUAGCUAUUAUUGAUAAACCCAUGUGACUAGCGCUGUUUUCUAGACUUGUGUUAAAAGAUUCAUAAAAACCAGUAAACAGUUUUAGCUGGAUUAUUCAGAAGAAUACCGUGUUUUGUGUAGUCGGGUUCUUCAGAGUUCUGUGUGGUGAGUAAUGUUUCCCAUGAACCACACAUUUUACAAUCUAGAAAAAAAAAACGGUUGAAAAUCUUAAUUCAAGCAAGUUUCUUCACUAAAGAUAAAAAAAUUUCUCUUUUGUUAUUUGUUGUAUUGCUUUUUAAGUAAUCUGAAAUUAUUUGCUUUCAGAUUUUAACUAAUUGUUGCAACCGUUAGGGUUAUAUGAACUGAAUACUUUGUAUUACUCAUUGUUAGUUGUUUGUCGUUGGUGUAAAGUAAAUAAGAUUGAACAAGAAUCACCAUCUGAAAAGAUAGAAAUGUUCUCUGUGAUAUAUGUAUGUAUCUCCAUAAAUAACGUUAACAAAAAUAUUAAAACAACUUGUAACUUCUGUUAGACUGUUUGAAUAACAGUUGAGUCAAUAUACAUAUAUAUAUGUCUGAGUGUAUGUAUAUACAUAUUGUUGGGGGCAGCAUGACUCGGUGGCUUCAUGCUUUGGACUACUAUUUGGAUGGUUAUGAGUUCGAGACUGGCUCCUGUCAUGCUUUUGUGUCCUUGAUCAGUACAUUUUCCACCUAUUGUUUCAGUUUACCCAGCUGUAUGAAGAAUACCAGCUGUUAGCUGGUGGGGUUAACCUUUGAUGGUCUGGCACCCCUUCCAGGGGGGAAUGUAUUAUCAUUCUCAUCUGGUUGUGCCGGUUAAGCCAGAGUUCAGAACCGGAGCCUGUGUGCCGUCUGGGCAUGUGAGGGGUUUGACCUUGAAUUUCAUAUAUAUUGGCAUUAAAAACAAAUGACUGUUGUUUUUAUAAAAGUUAAGUUUUUUAAAAGUGGAUCUGAAAACAUUGAGAAAUUAUUUGAUUCUGUACCAGUUGAAAGUUAGAAUAUUGUUUUAUCAAGUUUUAUUUAUCAAAUAUUUUGCCCCAUGAAAAUGGUGAUGGAACACGGGUGACUAACAACUUAACUUACCAAAGUUAAAAUUCACAGUGACAGUACUAUCUGCUUCUGGUAGAGUGGAUUUCAUGAAACACAGAAUAUUGAUUAUUUAGUAAAGUACUUAGUUUUUCAGCUAUAUUACAUUAUUGUAGUGAAAAACCAAAAAUUUUGGGUCGUGCAAAGACAAUGACAUUUAUAGUAGGAUAUUCUAGAUUUCUGGCAAAGUUUAUCCUAGUAUGAUUAAAUUAUUGUUGCUUUUACAAUGAGGAAAAAAAAGGUGUGAGAUUCUAUCGGAGAAAGAGCGGUGAGGAUACUGCUGUUAGUUCAGAUUGUUAAUCUAAAAGUUUCUUACUUCAUAGUAAAGGCCAGAAUGUUGUAGCACACCAUUCAUGUUGUUGAAAAAACAGAUGUUACUUUGCAGCUUAAAACAUGUAGUAAUAACUUUUAGUGAUAAAAACUAGUUAUUGGAUAUAGAAAUGCAGCCUAAUAUCUAGGAGGAUAUAGAAACACAGCCUCAAUAUCUAGGAGGGUAUAGAAACACAGCCUAAUAUCUAGGAGGGUAUAGAAACACAGCCUUAAUAUCAAGGAGGGUAUAGAAACACAGCUUUAAUAUCUAGGAGCAUAUAGAAACAAAGCCUAAUAUCUAGGAGAGUAUAGAAACACACCUUUAAUAUCUAGGAGGGUAUAGAAACACAGCCUAAUAUCUAGGAGGAUAUAGAAACAAAGCCUAAUAUUUAGGAAGGUAUAGAAACACAGCCUAAUAUCUAGGAGGGUAUAGAAACACAGCCUAAUAUCUAGGAGGAUAUAGAAAUGUAGCCUACUAUCUAGGAGGAUAUAGAAAUGCAGCCUACUAUCUAGGAGGGUAUAGAAACGCAGCAUAAUAUCUAGGAGGGUAUAGAAACGCAGCAUAAUAUCUAGGAGGGUAUAGAAACACAGCCUAAUAUCUAGGAGGAUAUAGAAACACAGCCUACUAUCUAGGAGGGUAUAGAAACACAGCCUAAUAUCUAGGAGGAUAUAGGAAACAACAUAAUAUCUAGGAGGAUAUAGAAAUGCAGCCUACUAUCUAGGAGGGUAUAGAAACGCAGCAUAAUAUCUAGGAGGGUAUAGAAAUGCAGCAUGUAGUGGAGGAUGUGAGGAAAUUUGUUCAUCCUUAGAAGUUCAUCCAAAAAAUUAACUUUUGUGUGUAGCUGGUUUGAGGCUACAGAAUACAAGCCUCUGGAGUAUAAAUAUUGUACAAUAGAAAUAGCCGAUUUUACUGUUGACAACAAAAAUGUAAAUUAAUUGUUUGAUUUGGGGGGAAAAGCUAGUAAUUUAGGGAUUCUUUUUUUUGCCAUCUUUGCAUGUGAUGGAUAUAUAUACACACACACGUAAAUGGACUAUUAUUUUUAUGUGAUGGAUGUAUAUAUACACACACAAAAAUGGACUAUUAUUUGUAUGUGAUGGAUAUAUACACACACAUAAAUGGACUAUUAUCUGUAUGUGAUGGAUAUAUAUAUACAUAUAAAUGGACUAUUAUUUGUAUGUGAUGGAUAUAUAUAUACACACUAUAAAUGGACUAUUAUCUGUAUGUGAUGGAUAUAUACACACACAUAAAUGGACUAUUAUCUGUAUGUGAUGGAUAUAUACACACACAUAAAUGGACUAUUAUCUGUGUGUGAUGGAUAUAUAUACACACAUAAAUGGACUGUUAUCAUUAUUGAUCUUCAUCAAUCAACUGUAAGUUUUGUAAUUUGUUCAUGUAUACAAAUUGUAUUACCUUUCACCUCCAAUGUAUUUUGGAAGUUAAAGAACAACAACGUUGGUUUGCUGUAAGAUUUUACUCCAAACUGGCCAUCUCCACUAAGAGUACUUAAUAUACACAGACUUCUUGAAGUGUGUAUAGUAAUUGUAUGUAGAAUGUGUUUAUGAAUUGUAUAUUAUAUGCUAUUAUUGUUUUUUUAUAACACUGUUGUACCACUUAGGAUCUGAGUGUGGUAUAAAUAUCUUCAGGAUACUGGAACGUACCUAACUGUAGCCUUUCUUACGUCAAGAUCUCUCCCAUGUAUUUUUAUGUAGAAAGUAAAGUGUGGAGAAAUGAGGUGAUGAAAAUUAUAUAGGAUUUAAAAUUUGGAACCUCGUGAUUUAAAUAAGUAUUUUCACAAUCAGGCUCCCAAGAGGAACACUGAAUAUGGUUUCUUAUGUAAUUUAAUUCUUAUAUAUAUAUGUUUGUGUGUGUGUGUAUUUAUUAAUUGUACAAUACUCUCAACAAUGCCACAUGAAAACACACAUGUUAAGUGUGUUACCCCUUUGUCUAGACGUUUUUUAAACAGUUACGUACAGUCUGUGUAUGUAGAAAGUUGAUUACUCAUAAGCACUAUGUGUGAGUUAUAUAACAGACUCUAAUCUGAAGUGAUAGUUAUGGUACAGACUUGAUAUCAUUGAAUUGUUUUUGAUAAAUUGGAAUUCCUGCCAAGCUUCAACUUAGUGUAAUUGUUUCAGAUCUAGUGUAACUGUAUUGUCUACAAAUACAGUGUUAAAAAAGUGUCUACAGAAACACGAAGGAAGCCUUGUUACCAUGAUAAUAAAACUAGAUUGAAUUGUAUGUGUAUGGCAACACUCAUAAUUACUGAAUACAAACACUGAUAUCACACAUUUGUUAUGGAAAUUCAAGAACACAGAAAGAAAAAAACUUGCAAGAUUUAUCGACUUAACUUAUCAAAACCAAUGGGAAAUUUAUUAUAAGUAAAUGAAAGGUGAUAAUAGAUGUAAGUUGUGAUAAGUUUUUAAUUCUAGUGACUACUCAAAAUUCAGGUAGAUUCUCUACCUUGCUUGGAGACUGACCAGUCUUUUAUCUUUCUCUACCUUGCUUGGAGACUGACCAGUCCUUUAUCUUUCUCUACCUUG